AUGGAGAUUCCGGUCAUGGGUGAUUCGUGUACACUACAAAUGAUGAUGGAGGACAUACAAGACGCAUUUCCGCCACCGCCGCAGUUACCGUCAGAUGUCUUAGCUGAACCCGAGAGCGAUAUUGAAGCGCCGCGGCCGCGGCCAGCUCCGUCGUCUCCACACGAAGCAGAGCUUCCUCCGCCGGGGAUCCGAACUCCAAACCGGAACCUUCUGCCCCGUCCUAGAACCGGAAAUCGACCCCGGCCGCCUCAACAACAUCCCGAAUGGCUCAAUUUAAUCAUGGGUUUUGGUUUUGCGGCGAUAGGAUUCCGGUCGCAGUGCCAAAAUUCCGGCUGCCUGAAAUCCUUUAGCUUCCACCUGGCUUGCCUAUGUUUAGUCUUGGCUUUAUCGGCUUUGACGGUGUCCAAAUACAUCACUGAGAAUCAACAAACGGUGGCUGAAUUCCUGGAAUACGCCGGAGUUUUUUCUGGGUUCACCGCAUUUUUUGUUGCCAUAACCCCCACUUUUCCCCUGUUUCUCCAGAUCAUUUCUUGGUUUGUGUAUGUACUGUCAAUCGCCGUGAUCAUCUUUUCCCACUUGUAUUUUUCUUAGAUUGCACUAGAAAUUCAAGUGUGGCUUGGAUUCAUUGCACUAGAAUUUAACAUGUUUAGUCAAUUGACGAUGAAGG